UUGUGGCAGUGAAGGGUUAAUGAAUUCCAUUACCCGCGCGUGCGCCGUGACAGAAGCGAGAGGCAGAUGCUAGUGCGCAUGCUCGGACUGUCCACGUUGUGACUCAUCCAGACAGCUGCAACACACCGGCGGAAAGAAAAAAAAUGGGGGAGCAACGUUUGGCACGGUCCGCCUUUUUGUGGGGUCUGAGUGGAAUCUACCUGUUUGCGUUUGUAUCUCUCUAUGUCCAGAUUCCAGGUCUGUAUGGACGUGAAGGCAUCCUUCCUGCCAGGAAGAUGUUGCGGUUGACUGGUAAAGGGUUUUGGGAACAGAUGAAAGAUUCUCCGUCAUUACUCUGGUUUGGCCCUCGCCUAGGACUGGAUACAGAAAUGACCAUGGAACUGAUCUGCUUGCUUGGGGCCCUUCUGUCUCUAGGGGCACUACUUUUAAGAUGCUUACGGGACAGCCUGGUCUUCCUGCUACUCUGGGUAUUCUACCUCUCCUUGUAUCAGGUUGGACAAGUUUUUCUCUACUUUCAGUGGGACAGCCUACUCCUGGAGACUGGUUUCCUGGCAGUUCUGGUGGCACCUCUGCAUGCACUGCGCUUUAAGACAUCAGUCUGGAGCUCUCAUGAUGGUGUCACUUUCUGGCUCACCCGGUGGCUCCUUUUCAGGCUAAUGUUUGCUUCAGGAGUUGUGAAAUUAACUAGCCGUUGUCCUACGUGGUGGGGGCUCACAGCUCUCACAUACCAUUACGAAACUCAAUGCAUUCCAAAUUCAGUUGCGUGGUAUGCUCAUCAGCUUCCUGUUUGGUUCCAGAAGUUUUCAGUAGUAGCUACGUAUUUCAUUGAAAUUGGUGUUCCAUGGCUCUUUUUCUUGCCUUUUCGCAGACUUCGCCUCUUCUCAUUUUACUCUCAGGUUCUCCUUCAGGUCCUUAUUAUAAUCACAGGAAAUUACAAUUUCUUUAAUCUACUGACUGUGGUUCUCUGCUGUUCUCUGCUUGAUGAUCAACACAUUGCAUUCUUCCAACAAAACAAAAAAAAACAGCAAAAAGGAGGGAAAGUAAUCUCGCCUUUCUCCCUACGCUCUCUCAUCUCUCUUCUGGAUAUACCUAUAUUUGGGUUGCUUGUUUUCUGGACAGUCAAAUAUUUUGAUCUUCAGAUCAAUUGGGAUAAGCAUUCUUUAGAAUCCAGAACAGCAUUUACAUACCAUGACUUUCAACAUUGGCUACGUACAAUCACUUUUCCCUCUAUUUGGAUUGCUGCAGCAUCAUUGGGAUGGGAGAUUCUUAAAGGCAUGUACAGAAGUGUCUCGGUGAGAGGUUUCUUAUGGAAGCUAUGGUCUACCUUGCAGUGGGUGAUUUUCUCCUGUGCUGCAGCUGCCAUGUUUACAGUCAGUCUGGUACCCUACACAUACAUUGAUUUUGAGUCAAAUGGUGAACUGUGGCCAGAGGUACACCAUAUGUUUAAUAAAGUGGAUCGCUACCAGUUGGUCAAUUCUUAUGGUCUCUUCCGAAGAAUGACUGGAGUUGGAGGGCGUCCUGAGGUUGUGAUUGAAGGAAGUUUUGACAGAGAAACCUGGACUGAGAUCGAGUUUAUGUAUAAGCCUGGAAAUAUCAGCACAACACCUCCAGUUAUCAUUCCUCAUCAGCCCCGUCUUGAUUGGCAGAUGUGGUUUGCUGCCCUUUCACACCAUUCCAAUAGUCCAUGGUUUGCCAGCUUUGUUUACAGGCUCUUACAGGGCAAUAAGGAUGUGAUACACCUGGUGCAAAAUGAUGAGUCUCUCUAUCCCUUCCAUGCAUACCCACCAUUGUACAUCAGAGCCCAGCUUUAUAAAUACCAGUUCACUGAGAUUGAUCAGUCAGGGCACACGCCCAAGAGCUGGUGGCGCCGGCACCAUGUUGAGGAAUUUUUUCCUGCUGUGUUUCUAGGCGACCCUUUUCUGGACAAUCUAUUAUCCCAGCAUGGGCUCAAGGACAAGCCCCCAGCUCGUCGUUCACUGGAUGCUCCAAUUCCAUCUGCCUUGCGGCUGAUUGGUGAUUUUCUGCAUCCUUUACCUGCUCCUCUGCUGAUGCACAGUUUUGUUUUUGGGAUUUUUACCAUUUACUUUCUACAGGCUAUGCUUGGUUGUGUCUCAAGCCCAGGCAUUGCCAAACAAAGACACAGCAAGCCACAGAAUGAGAGGAAAAAGCAGAAGUCAAACAGUGGCAAAGGAGAAUCUGCAUCUACAAAACCUUCGGGUCACGGGACAGACACAGCACGCAGAAAUAAAAAAAGUUAAUGUUUUGACAACAAAAUUAAAGCCCUUUCCUCCGUCCAAAAAUCAUCGGGAUAAGAAGCAGGUUACAUUUAAUUAUGUUUUGAAUAUGUUGCAAUUAUCACCUACUUGAUGUUUUAAUAAUCCAUGUCCCUAAAAGCUUUCAGUCUCUUCACUUUGAAAGAGCAGGUCCCCUUUUGCGGUGAAGUAAUAAGUUAUCCCAGAGCCCCUGUGUACUAUAAACUUAGGGCUAAAUGAAAGAAACAUUGAACUAUGUAUUGCUAAGAUGUAUAUGUUUAAUAAUGAAAUGAAAAAUGCUUGUCCCCUGUAAAGUAAGGUCUUAUAUAAGGGUUUUUUUUUUAUUUACAUUUUUUAAUUAUGAAUUGUCCUGUGUCUUGCUUAUGCCACUUCUUUAUAGCAGACUAUCAGAAUGUGCCUUGUUAGAGGGUUGGAGAUGUAUUCCUCCUGCCUGAAUCCACAGUUGCCUUAUCGCUCUUUUGUGGGCUAUGCCAGAUAUUUACUGGCUAAUAUCUUAUCCAUCUCUUAAAAAUUAAAAUAACUAUUACACAUGCCUGCAGUGCUUGUUCACGCAACAGCCUCUGGUUACAUACAAGAUUAUGCACCGCUCAAUACAAUGAUUUUGUAAUAAAUAUUUGUUUGCAUCUCUGA